CCAGACGCCGCUGCAGUGACUGGAGCUCCGCCGCUGGCGUUACCAGUCGGGCUCGGAGAAAGAACUGGGAGGAAGCGGGGCCGCACAAUUAACAACAGUAGAAACAAGGGGAGGCGACGGGCGAGGAAAACAAAGCCGCGCUUGUUCCGAGGAGCACCUGGCCUCGCCUGUUUGAGUCUGACACGUCGGGAGGAGCGGUGGAAAACGCCGUUUUCAAGGUGGACAGUCCGCUUCUUGGUCACUCGUGGUAACUCUCCGCCAUGCCUUUCCCCUUUGGCAAGUCCCACAAGUCACCGGCGGACAUCGUCAAGAACCUGAAGGACAGCAUGACGGUGCUAGAGAAGCAUGACAUCUCCGAUAAGAAAGCAGAGAAGGCCACAGAAGAGGUGUCAAAGAGCCUGGUGGCCAUGAAGGAGAUCCUCUACGGGACUAACGAGAAAGAGCCCCAGACGGAAGCCGUGGCCCAGCUCGCCCAGGAGCUCUACAACAGCGGUCUGCUCAGCACCCUGAUAGCAGAUCUGCAGCUCAUCGACUUCGAGGGGAAAAAGGACGUUGCUCAGAUCUUCAACAAUAUUCUGCGGCGUCAGAUUGGCACACGGACACCCACUGUAGAAUACCUCUGCACUCAGCAGAAUAUCCUCUUCAUGUUGCUCAAAGGGUACGAGUCUCCAGAGAUCGCCCUGAACUGUGGCAUCAUGCUGAGGGAGUGCAUCAGGCACGAGCCGCUGGCCAAAAUCACGCUGUGGUCCGAACAGUUUUACGAUUUCUUCAGAUACGUGGAGAUGUCCACAUUCGAUAUUGCCUCAGAUGCAUUUGCCACUUUCAAGGAUCUCCUCACAAGACACAAGCUACUGAGCGCAGAGUUUCUGGAGCAGCAUUACGACAGAUUCUUUAGUGAAUAUGAGAAGUUACUCCACUCUGAAAACUACGUGACUAAAAGGCAGUCGCUGAAGUUGUUGGGGGAGUUGCUCCUGGACCGGCACAACUUCACGAUAAUGACGAAAUACAUCAGCAAGCCGGAGAAUCUCAAACUAAUGAUGAAUUUGCUACGGGACAAAAGCCGCAACAUCCAGUUUGAGGCUUUCCACGUUUUUAAGGUGUUUGUGGCCAACCCCAACAAGACGCAGCCCAUCCUGGACAUCCUGCUGAAGAACCAGACCAAACUCAUCGAGUUUCUCAGCAAGUUCCAGAACGACAGAACGGAAGACGAACAGUUCAACGACGAAAAGACUUACCUGGUCAAACAGAUCAGGGACCUGAAGAGGCCCGCACCCCAGGAGGCCUGAGAACCAGUGCCGAGGUGCAGGGAGGAGCCACCGGGCCCACGUGUGGACCACAUCCGGGAAACGGACCCGUCAGCAGCCGCUGCUCUGGUUUCUGAACAAAACUCCGGGAAACCAAACGAAACAACACACCCAUUUUUCAGCUCAUUGGGAAGCCGCCAGCUCCUCUGCUCCUCAGAACAUUUGGGUUUUCUUUUCUUUUGUUUUCUGUCUUUUUUUUUUCCUUCAAAAGAAAAUGAGAGAAAAAAAAUAGCUGCUGCUGCUUCCUUGCACAUUGAGACAUUUGAGGUUUAAUAUAUUGACCCAACAGUCCAACACAAUAUCGUGACAGAAGAUUUGUGCAUUUUAAGUAAGAGACAGACAGACAGACACACACACACACACAUACAAACACACACAUCAUGCAACCAGAGUAGACAAGUUUACACACAUGCACCAUCGAUCAAUACUGGACAAGUUUACACACUCGCACGCACACUGGCUGCAGGAGUGUCAGCUGCAUCCUUGCGAUGGAAACGGUACGAGCAAGUUGAACACUGGUGUGAUUGUUGCAUGCCUUGAAAUGUGGCAGAUCUGUGGAAGUGCUAAAAAAACAAAAAAAAAAAUCUUUUUUUUUUUUUUUUUUAAACGGCCCCACCACCCUGACCUCCCCGAUCCUAUCGAGCGCCCGGGUUCAAAGUGACAGAAAAUCAUGCCGCAUUACAGCUUCCAUGCCCUCAUCCAACCAAGCAGCAGUGUUUUUGUUUUUGUUUUUUUAUAUACCGAAAAUGAUCUCUUGUUCACCUCCUGGGUGGGUGAAGGAGGGGGGAGGAAGAGGAGGAGGAAGAAAGGGAUACAAGGUGGAUUAACCUCAUCAUUGGAUCAUUUUUAUUUUCUGGGAUAGGGUGAACAUGUACAUAUGCCUUUUUUUUCUGCUUUGUAGAUUUUUGUUUAACCUUGACAUUGAAUAUAUAUAUAUUAUAUAUAUAUUACCUUAAACUUAAUGUUUUUGGUUAAUUUUAAUUGAAUUACUUUCUAAAUCAUCGGGAAGGAAAAGACGAACAACUCAAUGACUUUUUUUUUUUUUUGCAUUUCAUCUUACUGCUGAAACGGUUGCUGGUGUGUUUUCUUUGUACAUAACUUAAAGGGCCAGCUCAAGUUUAGCUAAUCUAUAGGAUAUUAACAAUUGUACAGCAGAGGAAUGUCACAGUGUCAGCUCUGGUGUCUCCCUUCAAGUCUGGAUGGAGAAGAGAUGGGGGAGCAGCAGAGCAUGUAACAGCAACAUUAAAGCCGGCGUGUUUGGGCACUUUUCGCGAGGUGUCGGGCAACUAGCAUUACCUAACCGGAGUCGGGGGCUGCGAGUGUUUUCCUGACUUUUCUUGAACUAGCGUGUAUCCCCACAGGGAGUGUGCUUCAGGGUUGAACUCAUUACAGCACAUCAUCCGGUCCUCCUUACCCCCCCCCCCCCCCCAAUUCUCCUCAAAGACUUUAUAAUUCCAGUACAAUGAUGAGUGUAAAGCAUUGUGGGUAGCAGAGUACGUUUGGCAAUUUGUCCUCUCAAUUGGAAGCAACAGAAUUUCUUCACGAGGCAUUCGCCUACGCAGGUAGAUGUGAUCCAAAAAAAAAAAUCCCACAGAUCCUCCAUUGAACAAGCAUGUUGCUCUACUGGCCGUGCAUGAUGCUGUACUGAAAAAUGUUGUACUGGAAUUGUUUCUGUUUUCAGUAGUAUUUAACAACAUGGAAAAUGUCCAGCUGAGCUCUUGGCUAUGUGGCUGUACGCUGACUUUUUUGACUCCAGCUUCAACAUAAGAGUGUGUGGGUGCUUUCAGAAGUGUCAAAGGCCUGGGCCCUACAAUGGAAAUAAAGA